UAAUCUAUGGUUAAUAAUUUAACCUAGCUUUUAAUUAAAUUAAUAAUAUUAUUAAUAUUUUGUUUUAAUUUUUAUAUCUCUGAUAAUUAUGGAAAAUAUAACUGUGGAAGUUGAAUAAUGAUAUGGUAGAUAUCGGUAUCUAUGUAUAUUUAUACUGGCAACAAAUGUAGAUGUUUAAACAAAUCGUUAAAAUAUAAACAUCCAAACAUACAAGGCCACGAACGGCGUCGAGCAUCUUUUGAAGUUGUACCAGGUUGUAGUCUUUGUAGUCUCUGGUUGUAGCGAACGGAUCCUCAGUUCGCUCAAAGUUUCAGACAUUGGCAUAUCCUGAAUAUAAUGGCUUAAGUGAUAAACUUCAGAGUUGAAAAGUUGAGAAGUACCUAAAGCCAUUACAUAAGUGUCCGAUAUUUUAGAUAUCAAUCAUAUUAAAAUACUUAGCUAUUAAGAUCUGAAAAAAGAUGAGUGAAGAAAUUGAUUCAGAUUGCCCUACAGACUCGCCAAAGAAAGGCCCUACAUUGUCAACAUCAACAUCUAGUUUUGAAGCAUUGGAUCCUCACGAUCCAAACUUAAGCCGGCUAGCAAAUAACUUGUUUAGUAAGACAUCCGAUUACCUUUAUGGCGAACUGACGUCAACUUUAGAUGAUUACAAAUUACUUGAAAACAUGAAUAAAGCCACUAUAACAAAAUAUUCAGAUAUGAAACAUAUAGCUUUAAAUGUUGGAAAAAGUAUAUUGGAGCUCAAUGAUAAAUGUGAUUCUCUACUGCCAUUGUUGCAGCAGAUUGACCAGGUAGAAGAUAGUGUAACAAAGUUGGAGCAAGCAGCAUACAAAUUAGAUGUAUAUUCAAAAAGAUUGGAAGCAAAGUUUAGGAAUUUGGAAAAACGAUAGCUUUCUCUCAUAGUGUCUCUAAUAUAAAUUAUAAUAGUCAUCUCAUAAUAUAAAUUAUAAUAAAUUUAUAUCAUUUAUAGCAUAAAAUAGUAUAACUAAUAUACAGGGUGGUCCGAACUGUAUUCCCGAAACUUGGGCGGCAUAUUUUGUAGAUAAAAAAUAAGUAAAAAAGUUUGUAUAAAUGUAUGUACUAAAAUGCCUAGUUUCGGAGAUACAGGGUGUAGAAGUUUCAUUUUUAUUUUUAUUUUUUCCAAACCAUUUCUGAAGUA